AUGAGUACUGCAAAAUCUAUUGAUACUCCUGCUGAUGCAAAUGCUUGUCUUUCUGUUGUGCUUUCUCCUCAAUCUGAUGAGGAAAAGGAGUAUAUGUCUAAGGUUCCGUAUGCUGGUGCUGUUGGUAGUCUGAUGUAUGCUAUGGUUUGCACUAGGCCAGAUUUAGCACAUGUUGUUAGUGUUGUGAGCAGGUUUAUGACUCAACCAGGGAAGGAACACUGGCAGGCAGUGAAGCGGAUUUUCCGCUACUUGAAAGGAACGGCUGAUGUGGGUCUCAUUUAUGGGAAUGAUACUGAGUGUUUGGUGACCGGAUAUUCUGAUUCGGACUAUGCAGGUGAUAUAGACACUAGAAGAUCGAUGACUGGGUAUGUAUACACUCUAGGAGGGUCUGUGGUUAGUUGGAAGGCUACCUUGCAGUCUUCAGUGACUUUGUCUACUACGGAGGCUGAGUACAUGGCUUUGACUGCUGCAGCAAAGGAGGGUAUAUGGUUACGUGGUUUGGUUAGUGAUUUUGGUCUACACCAUGAUCGUGCGACUGUGUAUUGUGAUAGCUUGAGUGCAAUUUGUCUUGCCAAGGAUCAGGUGCACCAUGAUAGAACUAAACACAUUGAUGUAAGGUACCAUUUUCUGAGGAGUGAGAAGAGGAUAGUGGUGAAGAAAGUUGGGACUGCAGACAACCCAGCUGAUAUGUUCACCAAGCCAGUUGCAGUUCGUAAGUUCAAACAUUGCUUGGACUUGUUGAACGUUGAUAGUCACAUAUGA